CGCCUCGCUCUCACACUCACCACUCCACACGGGGCAGCGGGAGAGGAACAUCGGCCCUGCCUCGCCCACUCGCCACGCACUGCCACGCUGGGAAGAGUGACGCAAACAUCACUCAGAAAAAAAACUUACGAUACGAAAUAGUGAACGAAACCAAGUGCAGGAAAUGUAGUUGAUUCGCCUCUAUAGUCAUACCUGUGCUUAAUCACGUAAAGAAAAGGUGAAAAUUAAUUAGUAUUUGCGUCAUUGUCCCUCUGGCCGGGAAUAAAGUGAUGGUGAGAGGACGAACACACAGAGGAGAGGAAGAAGAAGAGGCGUCACGUGUCGGAGGGCGCUAACACCACCGCCAUGCAUAGUGUUGUAAAGUAUCGGCGGGCGUCUGUGCUGAGGGGAGCUGGGCGACGGUGGGCGUGGGGGCUGCGCGCAUGGGCGAGCACUGUCCACCUCGCCCGCAUCGUGGAGGACCGGCUGGGUCUCGUCAAGCUGGCGGUGACCAUCACCUGCUUCCUCGUCUUCCUCUUCCUUCUGCCGGGCCUCCUCUUCCUGUACACCGCUAUCAAGUGUUGGCGGGCGGCAGUGGGCGCGUGGGCGGUAUGGGCAGUAAAAGGUGUGGAGGAGAUGGCGGGCGUGACAGUGCGGGGCGCCAUGGAGACGCCCAGCAGGCCAGGCGUGCACACCCUCCUGCUGUGUCUAUCCGGCACACCCACCCUGGAGCACAUGCGGGCCAAGAUAAUGGAAGAUAUUGUGGAGCGGCGAGAUGCGAGUGGGCGGCUCCUUUACCCCAACCUGCAGCGGCGACUGGGCAAGGCGGGCGGGUACCAAGCGUGGCUGCGGCACGACAACUUUGACCUCAACCAGCAUGUGACCCUCGCGCCUAUGCACUACCAGGGUCGCCUCCUCACCUCCAGGAACAUACAGGAGUACGUGAACGAAGUGGUGAGUCAGCCGUUGCUGAAGGACCUGCCGCCUUGGCACGUCACCCUCAUAAUGACUUGCGACGGAGGGAGUGGCGGCGAGGGGGAGACCUGGGUGGUUGCACGCGCCCACCACCUUCUGGCAUCCUCGCUCUCGCUGCCUGAUCUGUUAGUGGAGGCCUACCCUGACCCAUGGCUGGAGCCCGCCUCCCGAGGCCUAUCACUCCUCACUGCGCCGGCCGCCACUGCUCGUCUCAAAGACGCGGUGGUCGAGGGCGUAACCCAAGUGGCGGCAGACGUGCAAAGCGUGGUGGUGCUGCGAGGCCGCAGGCUGCUCAACACCGUCCUGCUCCCAGUGAUAUCUUUGAUGGAGGAAGCUACACAAGCGUCCCUCAAGAUGGGGCCGGAAAUCUUCCCUGAAGGAAGUUCCGCAGUGUACUUCACCAUCGCCCUGCUGAGGCGGGCGAGGGCACGCGCCAGCCUGCUGUGGGCUGAUGUUAGUCAGCACCUAAAACAGUUUUCCGUGCAGGGUGCAGCCUUCUCUUGUGUGUUGUGGACACUGCGGCUGUGGUGGCGCUGCGUGGUGCUGGUGCUGGUGCUGCCCUUCACUCUGGUGAGGCGGUGCCGCGAGGUGGUGCUCGCGGCGCGAAGAGUGGCGGCCAGUGAGGAGUGUGGCCUGGUGGUGGAGGCGGCGGUGGAGGUGUACUGGAUGCUCCGCGCCUUCGUGUCUCUUCCGCGACUUGUGCUAGAGUCCGUCAUCGUUCGCGGGGACACGCCGCUCCUCGGCUGGCCCAAGUACCACCACGAAAGGAGGCUCUCACGCCGGAGCUCAGGCCGCCUGCCGCAGGAUGGUGUCACCGUGGCCUGGAGCGAUCCGGUGCCCCUCAGCACCGUGCGUGGUGUGCGCGGGGCCACAGGCGCCACUCUCGGUGAGGUACUGCUGACCGCUUCGGCAGGCGCCGUGCGGGAUUACCUCCGUGUGACGGGGCUACCCCUGCCGGAGGAGGUGAGCUGCACGGUGCCUGUGUACUCCCAACGGUGGGCUGAGGGUCACGACGCUGAGGUCAACAGUCCCGGUCUAGUCACCCUCGCCCUCCCCACAGGCGCCGCCGACCCCUCCACCGCUCUCUGCCUGCUCCGGCAAGCAAUAAAGAAGAUUCGAAACUAUCCCGAGCGAUACCUGGCGUCCGUGUGGCUCAUGAGGAACGUGGCGUACUUCCUGCCGGCGUCGCUGCUGGGAGCGGUCUUCCGGGCACUGUCGUCCCGAUACCCUGUCUUCAUGUCUAACCUGGCGGGACCGCAGGAGCCAGUCAGCCUCUGGGGCCACGACCUGGUCAACGUGUUCCACUGGCGACCCCCCUGUGAUGGGGCAGUGUUGUCUGUGUGCGUCACGUCCUACCGUGGGGAGGCGCUGCUGGGCCUAGCGGCGGACGGGCGAGUGGUGCCCAGCGCGGCUUCCCUUCCGCAGGCCUUCGUCACUCACCUCAACGAGCUGGCCGUGGACGUCGGCGUCAGACUAGAGCGCCGGAGUUCUCACAGUUGGUUCCGCAGCGUCACCCCGCCGCACACGCCCACGCACACGCCCUCGCCCACACCGCCGCCAACGCCGACGCUUAAAAACACACCCAAGUUUUUCCUCCAGCGGAGCCAGCGCCGGAUGAUGGUCGGGUCUGCGUCAUAUGGGCGAAGGUUUUCAGUGUAUUAGUUACGAUGCACAGCGCUUGGUGACCCGGCAAGGGCCACGAGGGUGUUCCCCAGCAGCCAACCAGCGUAUUCAGGAAUACUGCUAGUACCUAAUGCAUGGCAGCCUCAGAACUACUACCGGACUGAUUUUCUUACAUUAUUCACUUUUGUUACGCACGUGUCCGCGAUGCAUUCAUACGGUGUUACUAAUAAACGAACAAGUGAGCUUUCA